UCUGAACGUUUAUAAAUACGAGUGCAAAGCGCAGGAAAAAAAUUUCCAACAACAACUCGCUGAGCAACUUUAGACGGGAAACGCGGAAAAAUCAAGUUGAAAAUUUGCAGUGAAGGCCUUGUGUCGCGGUAAAUAGCGGAAAAUUGGGAAAAAUUAAUGGUGAAUCGCCGGAAUAAAACGGAAGCAACAAGCCAAAGCGGACACGCAAAAACCGAAUCGAUCGAGUGAGCGAGCAGAGCAGAUCCCGCCAUCAACAUGAGCAAGAAGCCGACAGCCGGACCGGCGCUCCACAAGGUCAUUAUGGUGGGCAGCGGCGGCGUAGGAAAAUCCGCCCUCACAUUGCAGUUUAUGUACGAUGAGUUUGUCGAGGACUAUGAGCCCACCAAGGCCGAUAGCUAUAGGAAAAAGGUUGUGCUAGAUGGCGAGGAAGUACAAAUAGAUAUAUUGGAUACGGCCGGCCAGGAGGAUUAUGCCGCCAUCAGAGAUAAUUAUUUUCGCAGCGGCGAGGGAUUCCUUUGCGUCUUCUCCAUCACAGACGAUGAAAGCUUCCAGGCUACCCAGGAAUUCAGAGAACAAAUAUUGCGGGUGAAGAAUGAUGAGAGCAUACCGUUCCUGCUGGUGGGCAACAAAUGCGAUCUGAAUGACAAGCGAAAGGUGCCGCUAAGCGAAUGCCAAUCGAGGGCACAGCAGUGGGCGGUGCCCUAUGUGGAGACCUCGGCAAAAACGCGCGAAAAUGUCGACAAGGUAUUUUAUGAUCUAAUCAGGGAUAUUUCAUCGCGUAAAAAACAACGUCAGACGGACGUGAAACAGCCGCCGAAGCCCAAUUCUCAUUGCUGCCAACUGCUGUAGGAUGGAACAGAAACAAGAACAAAAACAAGAAUCACAACAGCCACUAUAACCAACUGCAGCAGCAAACAUCUUGCGACAACAACGGCCACACGGAUAACAACAAACAAAUGAUUAUAAAAUAAAAGAAAAGAGAAAAAAAACAACAAACAAAAAAAUAAAAUAAAAAAACAAAAAAACAAACAAGGAAAGAAGGAAGAGUACGAAAUGUUAAUAAAUAAUUAACUUUGGAGUGCGCCAGAUCAUACACACAAGCAGAGAGAAUAUCAAAAUUACGUUUAUUUGCCACCCAAAAAACUCGUAAGCUUACACAUUUAAUCCAAGAAGUAAAAAUUGCAUUGUAAUAUAAAUAAAUAUAUAUAUUAUUUAGGCAACAAAAUGUCCGAAGAAAAGCGUACACCCAAACACCACAUAAAUUCUGUCGUCUUUUUUGUUUUGUUGCGAUUAUGUGUUGCCCUUUCAAAAAAUAUAUAAACUAAAGCGUAAAUUUAUUUACAAAAUUCGUAUGCAAUUUAAU